UUGCCGAACAUCGGCUGUGUGUUUUGUACUAGACACAGGGAAUAAGAAGAGGUAGACACAAAGAGAAAGUGAGACAGUGUGAGCAAAACACCUGCUGCCUGGAUUUGGUCCUAUCAACACUGACACAGUGAGUUGUUCCAAUGUACUCAUAUUAUUGUUUGUAAAAAAUCAUGCCUGAGUGCUCACUGACUCCUAUUCAGUGAUGUAAUGCAUCAUGUUAUUCCACAUUGAAGAACACAGAUAACAAUAAUAUGUGCCAGUCAAAAUAUGAACCGCACUGACUGUGCACUGUGCAGAAUUUGAAGAGGACGAAAACAGAUGAUGUGUUAUUGUGUUGAUAGAAAAAUUCUGUUUAGUACUGCUACUCACUGAGGAGAAAGGUGAAGAGGUGAAGCCCAUUGAGUGGAAAGCACUUUGACUGGUUGCCUUUUUCUUUCCAGGCUGACAGAUGGACUGAAUAGUAAGCUGUCAUUGAACUUUACUUCAAAGUCGCCUGCUUUGUUUGCUCACAGAGGUACCUAUUAAAAAUGGAUAUCUGCUGGAAGCUCCUUGCAACUACAUUUUUUCUGUCUGUUUUGUCUGUUGCCUAUUCAAUUCCACUACGGACAGAUCGAAAUGAUGUACUUAAAAAGGAAGAUACAACGUAUUUGGGGGGGAAUCUCAUACUCAGAGAGAAAGAAGAAAUGGUAAACAAGGUGUUGAUGGACCUCAAACAUAAGGAAAUAUCCAGUGCUAGGACAUCAGGUCGAUUUGCACCCAUGGAGCAUUUCUUCAGGGCAAAACCCUUGAUUGACCAAAGUAAAGUAUUUGAUAUUUUAAGAAAAAUGCCUAAAGGCGCUGCACUACAUCUGCAUGACUAUGCGAUUGUAAGUGUGGAAUGGCUGGUGAAGAAUGCCACUUACCUUCCUUACUGCUAUAUCUGCUUCACCCCCACCAACAGGGUCAGGUUCCAUUUUGCCAAAACACAGCCUGCACCGCAAGACUCAGACUGCUUUGAGUGGAUCCUGUUAGAUACAUUCAGAAAACAAUUAAGUGAUGUCACUGAAUUUGAUAACAGUUUAAUCAGAAAUCUUACAUUAUUCACGGAAAAUCCAGAAGUGGCAUAUCCAUCCCAGAAAGCCGUUUGGGAAAGAUUUGAAGAUAUAUUUAGUGUAUCCAGUGGCCUAAUUUCUUAUGCUCCUGUAUUCAAAGCUUACUUCUAUGAAGGUCUUAAAGAACUGUAUGAAGAUAAUGUACAGUAUCUGGAAUUAAGAGCUAUGCUGCCUGAGGUUUAUGAGUUAGAUGGCACCACACAUCAUGAAGAAUGGUUAAUGGCUGUAUACCAAGAUGUCUUGCAGCAGUUUGUUGCAGGCCAUCCAGGUUUCCUCGGAGGAAAAAUUAUUUUUACUGGCCACAGAUUCUCAGAUGUUUACAUAAUCAAGGAAACAGUAAAUAUGGCCAUGAAUCUUUCGAGAAAGUUCCCAGAUACAUUUGCAGGAUUUGAUUUGGUUGGAAAUGAAGAUAUGGGUGGAACUCUGCUGGAAUAUAAGGAUGCCUUACUGAUUCCUUCUGAAAUAGGAUUUAAUCUUACAUACUUUUUUCAUGCAGGGGAAACAGACUGGCAAGGUACUCCCAUAGAUGAAAAUAUGAUGGAUGCACUGUUGUUUAAUACAAGCCGACUUGGUCAUGCAUAUGCUUUGGCUCGACAUCCAGUGGUUAAGGAAAUGUCACGAAAGAUGGAUGUUCCUGUUGAAGUCUGCCCAAUUUCAAAUCAGGUCCUCAUGCUGGUUUCAAACUUACAGAAUCACCCAGCUGCAACUCUUAUGGCAGAAGGGUACCCCAUGGUGAUUAGCUCUGAUGAUCCUUCCAUAUUUGGAGCAAAAGGCAUCUCAUAUGACUUUUACGAGGCCUUCAUGGGACUUGGAGGAAUGAGAGCAGACCUUAAGCUGCUAAAACAGCUUUGUAUGAAUUCUAUCAGAUACAGUGCCUUGUCUCAGGAGGAGAAAGAAAAAGCAAUGGAUUCCUGGCAGGAGAAGUGGGAUGAAUUUUUAAGUGAAGUUCUUAACAUUCUUUAAAGCAUAUACCUUUUUAAAAAUGUAAUAAAUCAUCUGCUGUGAUAUUUUUUAAAUGGAACUUCAAACAAUGUUUCUUUUCAAUAAAGCUUUACUAGUUCUUUCCCAUAAA